GAAAAGAUGUCUGCGCCCAUUAAUGAGGUUCCCACAAGUUUUCAAAAGAAGAAACGUGUCUCAGUACAAAUUCCAGGAACAAAACCUUCUUUCCACAAUGCACAGUUAUUGAUAUCUACAGGUGUACCCUCGUUAGAUCAUGUGAUAGGAGGUGGUCUUGCAGUUGGAACUAUACUCCUAAUUGAAGAAGACUUGUACGGAAACUAUGCCAAAGUUUUGCUCAAGUACUUCUUGGCAGAAGGAUGUGUGGUUGGACAUGAACUACUUGUUGCUAGCUGUGAUGUGCCACCCAAGCAGAUAAUGGCUGAGUUGCCGGGUCCGAUAAUGACUGAGCCGGUUGAUAGCAGUGCGACAGAUACUGCUGAGAGCAUGAGCAAGAUGAACAUUGCUUGGAGAUAUCAGAAUUUGCCAGUUGUCAAGUCUUCCACAACUUCGAAAAGUUUCAGUCAUUACUAUGACUUGACAAAAGUGAUGCCAGAAGAUCUAUUGAACAAGACAACAGCUACCCUCAUCAACACAAAUGAUUUCCUGACAACACCAUGCACUAGCUCAGUAAUGACUCUGACACCAGCUUAUGAGAACCUGCUAAGGAGGAUUCAGUCUCAGAUAACUGAUGGCGGUUUCGGCACGACGCAGACUAAACCGCAGAGUGAAAGGAAUGUGCUGCGGAUAGCGUUGCACGCCCUCGGCUCACCAUUGUGGAGAAGUGAAGAUUGGAGUUCGGACAGAUUGGACACGUCGCUAACAACCUUCCUGUAUCUCCUUAGAGCUCUCAUGAGGCAAUCGUAUGCUGCUUGCCUCAUCACUGUACCAACACAUCUGUUCGAGGAUGCGGCACUUACUAGGCGAGUGGAGAGACUCGCUGACACGGCCAUCCGGCUUGAGUCGUUCUGUGGCUCGCAGCAUGAGCACAACCCUGCCUUCAAGGAAUACCAUGGUCUGUUUCACAUCGUGAGGCUUCCUCGGCUAAAUUGCCUCACGUGUCAGAUGCCUGAAACAUUAGAUUUGGCGUUCAAGCUGAGGCGAAAAACAUUCAUGAUAGAGAAACUUCACCUGCCUCCAGAUCUUUCGGAAACGGCGAGUCGGUCUCAGGAAGAGCUAGGUGUUCCCCUAUCAUCUUCAUCAGCUCAUGGUUGCAAUGCCGCUGUCAGUAGAAACCUGGAUUUCUAGCCUUCUACAACUGAGGUCAUGACGUGUAACCACAGCUGAUCAAGAAUACAUCUGAGGUCAUGAAAAGAUACUAGAUGUCUAUCAUACAACUGAGGUCAUGGCAUGUGACUACAGCUCAAGAAUACAUCUGAGGUCAUGAAAAGAUACUAGAUGUCUAUCAUACAACUGAGGUCAUGGCAUGUGACUACAGCUCAAGAAUACAUCUGAGGUCAUGAAAAGAUACUAGAUGUUUAGCAUACAACUGAGGUCAUGGCAUGUGACUACAGCUCAAGCAUACAUCUGAGGUCAUGAAAAGAUGCUAGAUGUUUAGCAUACAACUGCGCCUCUGCCUCUAAGUUUAUCAACAUUAAACACCAGUACUAUGCAGUCAGGUUUCUGUCGUACAAUUAGGGGGUCAGACCCUCAUCAGUAACAUGUUAUCGGGAGUAAAUAAUCAAAAAUCAUGGUUAUUUACUCCUGAUAUUAUCAUGCUGGUAUAUGCAGGUGUUUAUCAUGGAGAUGCAGUAAGACAUGUAAUUUUAGUGCCUGUGGAACGAAACUUGAAUGUUGAGUCGUCCAAAGGAAAUAUCGUGUAUAUUAUUAUUGUAUGAUUGUGUUGUAAAAUAUAUGACUGCAUUGCGCAUUUCUCACA